GAAAACAGGAACUGGGGAGAAGGUGCGAGAGGUCUGCGAUGGCGGCUUGCACAGGGAGGAGGGCGAGGGUGGCGUGUGCGGUGCUGGGGUUCAGUUUUCUCUCGGUGACCGCGUUUCUGAAUUUGGAGGAGCUCAACGAGAUGAAAUACGGCAUCGAGAUUCUGUCCGACCCGGUGAUUAAAGGACAGACGCUAUCUGAAGAUGUGAUGGUAGUUUCCUCAAAGUACAAGCAAGUGUACGAGUGCAGGCUGCCAGCCCAGGCGAUGAGGUUUCACCACCCGGACUCUGCUGAAGACUCGCAGGGCUACACGGGACUCGGGAUCCCACAACUGUUAAAGCCCAUGGACGGCGCACCUUGUCUCAUAAAGACGAAAGAUUGGUGGACGUACGAGUUCUGCUACGGACAGCACAUCAGACAGUACCACAUGGAAGAUUCUGAAAUUAAGGGAGAAGUUUUGUUUCUUGGUUUUUACAGUUCAGAAUUUGACUGGAACAAUGAAACUGCAAAGGCCUCCAAACAACACAGGCUAAAAAGAUACCACAGUCAGACCUACGUCAAUGGCUCCACGUGUGAUCUCAACAGCGCCCCGCGAGAGACGGAAGUGAGGUUUAUAUGUGAGGAGGGCUCCAGUGAUCACAUUACCCGUGUGGAUGAGCCUCAGUCCUGCAGCUAUGUCCUAACUGUCCACACCCCACGGACCUGUCAGCACCCCUUCCUGCGCCCCACCUCCACUAGCAAACCCCAGCCCAUCAAGUGCCAGCCCGCCCUGAGCCCCGAGCAGUACAUGGAGUAUGUGAACGCACAAGUGUUGGAUACAAAGCGCAGAGUGGAGCAGAUUUCUGAGGAGCUGAAGAGCCUGGAUGAGAUCCUGUCGAGAGACGACGAGGCGGCCAGCAAGCCUGAAAACCUGUUUGUAGUUGAGAGCGUUCAGAUAAUUGAGGAAGAUGAAGUCGACCACGAAGGGGAUUCAGCUCAGAUCGAGGACACCUCCAAUGAAGACGCCGAUUUCUGGGACGGAGUUGUGAAACCUGACAGCGGCGAAUCUGGGGAGAGAAAUGAGGAGAUGGAGGCUGAUGGUGAUGGAGAAUUUGAAGAACGAGAGGAUAAAAAAUUGGAUUUCAAAACCAUAAGAAGCCCUUCCGAUCUGGUGAAACUCGCCAACCUAUUGAAAGAGACACCUGAAAAGCCAAAAGCUUCAGGUGAUGAACAGGAGGACAGCAAAGAUGUGUCUCCUGCGAAGACUGGAGAGAACACUGCCUCUGUGGAAAGACAAGAGCGAGGAGAGGACCAUGAAGAUGACCUCAUGGAAGAAUUUGAAAAAGAGGUGAAGGACAUCUCGCUGCCGUCGUCCAAGAUAGGGGAAAUCAGAGACACCAUGGAGCAGGAGUUUGAUAAUAUUAUAGACGAGGCACAGCAGGAGCUGGCAGGCGAGGGUCUGAAGGGGGAAUUCGAUCGCAGGCAGGCAGCCCAGACACUGGAAACCACCCUGAACCAAAUGAUGGACAAGCUGGAGGGCAAAGCAGUUCAGGACCAGCAAGAGGAGCAGACCGACCGAGCCAGGGGCAGCCCCAGCCUGGCUCCCAGACAACCAGCUGAUGCUGGGGAUGGAGGCGAUGAUGUUAAAGUCAGAAUUACCAAGUACAAGUCAGACGGCAGCCCCCAGAACAAGAUGCAGGUGCAGGAAAUGGGUGCCGAAGACCCACAAGUCCAGUACAUCAAAGACGUGGUGAAGGAGCAGCUUGAAAAAGCAGGGCUGAAAGCAGAAGGCAAAAUCGAGGUGAAGAUCAUGACCCGAGGGCAGCCGGGGGAUGACGAUGUGGGGUGGCUGUCGCAGGAAGAUACCAAAUCCUUCAGGGAAAUCCUCAUUACCCUGCUGACCGGCGGCACAGAGGAGGUUUACAAGGAGCAGCAAAGACAGGAAGAGCUGGAGACGAACUACAGGUUUGUGUGGGGAAAGAAACGGGAAGAUUCCCAGCCUCCAAGCAACACGGACAACUCUGACGAGAUGGACUUCUGAAUGGAUCUUUGAGAAAGCAGCAGGUUCUGUGGUUCACUUCGUACAGUCACACCAGAGUGGUGGUUCAGCUUUGACACCAGCCUGAGCUUCCCAUCACAAGUGCGGUUCUACUGCACUGGGAACGAUUCUUGGUUUAGACUGGUGGAUAGAGCAGGGCUGCUGGCACUUCAAACAGAUGCACGUUAUUAUAUUGAUUGUCUUAACGAGAAAGUGGGAGCUUUCCCUUCUGGGUAAAUUAAAUAAUAAUAAUAAUUGCACAAAGCUUAUUGCGAUUUUUUUUUUUUUUUUUUUUUUUUUUUUUUAUGAAAGAAAUGCAAAACUGAUGUAGACUUUGCAGUGACUAGGCUUCUCUGUGUUUGCUAUACUGACCUUGAAUUGAUUGGACACAAUUAGAAACACCAGCCAUACCACUGUCAGCGGGGGUGGAAUCAGCAAGAGCAGCCAGGAAAUUCGCCGUGGACUUUUGCUCCUCCAUGAAGCAGUUUGCCAUAUCUGCUAUAAACCAACUAAAACAGGGAGCUGCAGCUUUCGCACAUUACAAAUACAAUGUGCUACAUUUUUUUCUUCGUUUCAAAUGUACUUGCUAAUUUGAUAGGUUCUUAACUUCAUAGAUAUAGCUGGGCUGUGUUUAUUGGCUAUAUCCAGCUAAUUAGCAUUGUGUAAGUUGUCUAUCAUAUUUUGAUUUAAGCAGGAGAAAUAAAGUACUCCAAUUUAAGAUGUAGACCUAGUAACAGUACAGACAUGAAAUCAUCUGAAUUAAUACAAGUUAGGGAUUUGAUUCUUAUGAACUGGCACCAUUUCCAGCCUGUGUAUUUGGGGCUCUACAGUAUAGCAAUCCUCUACAAUAUUAAAGUGCAUUUUAUGAUUGUAGAUUACAGGUUUGUUGCCAAGGUGAUACAAAUAGAGGUGGAAAUCAAUUAAACUAAUUCUCUGUUAAACAGCCAGGAGGAGGCGUGCGCAGAUAGAAACUGCACAUGUCCAUUUAGCAGUGGAGUUUAACGUUGUUUCAUGCUUGAAAUAUUGGAACCCGCUGGGGGGAAAAAAAAAAAUUAUUUUGAAAUAUAUUUCAUUGAAUAUUUUUUCCAUUUCUUUUAUAUGGAGGGUUGCAUUGACCAGGUUUUUUGGGAGGGUUUGUUUAGGGCAAUGUGUCAGAUCUGUUUUCCACCUCCUCUUAAUAUCUUCCCAAACUUAUGAUCCUUUUAGAAGAUGUACUGUAUGUGUGUAAAUAAGCAGGGUUUCGUUUGCAAACCAAAAAGUACCGGAUCUUGUACCCUUGAUAGCUUUUUUGCUGUUUGAGGUGCAAAAAAAAUUCAUUUUUUUUUUUUAGUUCAGUCUUGUCAUUCAAUUCAUGCAAACUGUCAUUCUCGUCUGUCUGACCAAAAGGUACCAGAUCUGGGAUCUGGCACAAAUUAACCCCUUAUUUAAUAAGGUUUAGCAAACUCAUUCUGGAAUUUGGUCCCUGUUAAUACCUGAAUGUUAUACUUCUUUCCACUAAAAUAUAGAAUUAUUGAUAACUCGCUUGCUUUUGUAAUAGAAUUCUAAUACAUUUUAAAAUUCCAUUUUUUCCUUUUUUCUAUUGGAUAAAUAAAACAAUUACAGAUGUAUUUCGUGAAAUUGAUUUUCUUUCAAUGUUGUGAUCUGUUUUCUGUCAAGUUUCAUUUUAUUUCUCUCCUGUUACAUCAAAGGUGCAAUGCUACUGACUUAUUUUCUUAACUUCAUUCUUGCUUGAAAUGGUUAUACAGUUCUUUUGUCUCCUUAAUGCCCAAAAAUUUGUUUUAAAGUUUCAACAUCCUUUUAACUAUAAGGUCCCUUUUAUCUUCCCUCUGUUAACAUGUGCUGUCGGAAAUCGCGUUGGAACCGCAGGGCACUCCUAGGUCCCAGUCUGAGGUCAUGUAGAAAUCUGUCCUCUCCUCAUGUAUACUUAAUAAAGAGGUUUAUUCCUCAGGCUCGAUGACAAAUAAUUCAGGACUGAAAGGGUUAAGUGGUUCAGAUCGGGUCACUAGUUUACCAGAAUGCAUCUCCUUUACUCGUCCUGCAAAUGCACAGUCCUGGCUUGUGAGUCUGGCAAUCCCUUUUAGAACUUUUGUUCAGAGCAGAUUUCGGAGUGGCCCACAUGUUCAAAUUCUCGGUACCUCAAACUGGUCAUUCAGGGGUAAAGUGACCAGACGGGUCUGUUCAGGCUCUCAAAUGUACAACUUAAUAAUGAAUCCUGAUGCAGAUCUGAAAUAAUCAUCAGUGAUCUUAACUGUACUACUUUUUUUUUUUUUUAGAAUCACUGUUGCUUCAAAAGGGAUCUCAAACAUCCAAGUACUGCAGGUACACCAAAGUGUAACUAUUAACCUGUCCCCCCCUGCAACACUUCAGUGGAUGUAAGAAAUCACACUUGGAGCAAUAGUGUUGCAGUUUAGAGACCAGGCAUGCUUGAGGACACGGGUGCUUUAAACUUGUGUAUCCAAACCAGAAGAAUACAGUAGUUGGUGUGUGUCGGAGUUAUCUCGGUUUUAAGUUGCUUUUUUAAAUUGCUUUUAUGGCAUUCGUGAUCCUGGCUUUUCCCAGUCGCCUGUUAAAUUGUUUGAUUUGCUAUAUUCUGUAUAUAUUUUGGUUUAUUGUUUUUGAAAAGCGCUUGUUGCCUAUUCAUAUUAAAACAAAGGAUGUUGGAGUGUUUAAGUAAUUUGAGUUUGCCUUGCUUAUCCCUGUAAAAUAUGUGAAUAAUUUUAUAAGAAGAUUAAUAUCAAUUUCUGUGUAUCUUUUUGUGAUUGAGGGGGGUAAGUUUAGUUUAUCCACAGCUGUGUAAUGUGGGUUGGUGAAAUUAAUAAUUAAAGCUGAUACAACACACAA